AUGUGCAAGACCCGACGCGCCGCCGCGGCCUCCGAUCCCAAGCCCAGGCGGUCGUCCCGCUCCUCCGCCAGCUUCCCGGUCACCGACUCCGGUAGCUACCGCCACGCCACCACCUCGUCCAUCACCUCCUCGUGGGCCGUCUCCGCCGACUCCAAGGCCUCCUCCUCCGCCUCUCUCGCCGCCAUCCGCGACUCCCUCCCGGAGACCCCCACACUCUACCCCUUCUCCGAGAUCAGCGCCGCCACCAACAACUUCCUUGCCCGCCACCUCGCCUCCGCCUCUUCCUCCUCCUCCUGGCGAUGCUCCCUUCGCGGCAAGGACGCUGUCAUCUUCCAGCGCCCCUUCCGCGGCGACCCCGCCGGCCUCCCCGCCCGCCUCGCCGCCGUCUGCAAGAGCCACCACAGCAGCCUCGUCCGCCUCCUCGGCGUCUCCCUCGCCGGCGACCACAUCUACCUCGUCUACGAGUACUCCCCCGGCGCCACUCUCGCGGCGUGCCUCCGCAACCCCCGCAACCCCAAUUUCACCCCUCUCUCCUCCUGGAUGUCUCGCAUCCAGGUCGCUGCCGACCUCGCCCAGGGUCUCGACUACAUCCACCACCACUCCGGCGUCAUCCACAAUCGGAUCAAGAGCUCCACCGUCCUCGUCACCGAGCCCCAUUUCCGCGCCAAGUUCUGCUACUUCGGCGCCGCGGACCUCGCCGGCGAGGUCCCCGCUACGACCAGCGCCGAAGACAAGGAGGAGGCGGCGGGGGAGAUCUCUCCCUCGUCCCCUCCGUCUCGCAAGAUGAAAAGAUCGGGCAGCCGCCGGAUGAAGAUCGAGGGGUCUAGGGGGUACAUGGCGCCGGAGCUGCUCGCCGGCGGGGACAUCUCGCGGCGGUCCGACGUGUACGCCCUCGGCGUUGUGCUCCUGGAGCUCCUCUCCGGCGACGAGCCGCUCAAGUACCGGUUCGACGAGGAACAGAAGGACUUGCACAGGGUCUCCCUCAUCGAGACGGCAAGGAAGACCAUCUGGACGGAAGAGGACUCCACCGAGCAGGAUCGGCGUUGGAGGGUGCGGCGGUGGGUGGACCGGAGGCUGCGGGACUCGUACCCGGUGGAGGCGGCGGAGGAUCUGAUGCGGGUGGCGCUGCGGUGUGUGGAGCCGGAUGCGGCGUUUCGGCCGGACAUGACGUGGGUGGCCGGAAAAGUAUCCAAAAUCUUCUUGGACUCCAAGGCGUGGGAGGAGACGGUUAGGCUUCCGGCGGACUUCUCGGUGUCCAUAGCUCCGCGGUGA